AUGAAGACAAGGCUUGGAGAAAUAAAUAAUAUUAUUGAUGAAAUUAAAGAGAAUUACAAAGAAUUAAAAAACCAAGUAAAAACUUCUGACUCAAAUAUUGUUUCUAUAACAAAAGAAUUAAACAUUUGUAAAUCAUUAAUUAACUCAAACCCUCAAGAAAUUAAACAUUCUCCAGAAAAGUAUGUUACGUCUACUUUUAAUACUCCUCAACCCCCUCAAGCAUUUGUACAACCACCACCUCCUCCUCCUAUUGACAAUUCAAAGAUACCAAAUGUUUCGACUCCUUCUACAUCAGGAAGAGGAGAUUUACUUUCACAAAUCCAACGAGGAAAAAAACUAAAAAAGACUAUUGUAAAUGAUCGUUCCAAACCAAUGGUUUCUAAGGAACAACAAAAUUCAACAACUUCACAUUACCCAACAAACCCUUUAAUAGCUGCUAUCGCAGCACGAGCAAAUAGAGGAGGAAGUUCAAUGAAAAAUACUCGAGGAACUCCACAAAGAAAAUGGUAA